AUGAAACAGCCACCUGGGUUUGUUGAUGAAGACCAUCCAUCUUAUGUUUCGAAACUCAACAAAGCUGUUUACGGAUUGAAACAAGCUCCUCGAGCAUGGUUUGAUAAGUUCAGUACCUUUCUUCUGCAAUUUGGCUUUGAAUGCAGCUUCAAGGAUCCUUCUCUCUUUGUGUAUCUUAAAAACAACAACAUCAUCAUAUUGUUGCUGUAUGUUGAUGAUAUGGGACUGACAGGGAAUAAUCCAGCCUUGAUCAACGAACUUCUUGAGUCCUUGAACCAAGAGUUUCACAUGAAGGACCUUGGCAGAUUGAGUUACUUUCUUGGGAUACAGUUCUAUUAUCACUCUGCAGGCUUGUUCCUCAAUCAACAUAAGUAUGCUGAGGAUCUUCUCCUAGCUGAAGGUAUGGUUGAUUGUGCUCCAGCAACAACACCUCUGCCACUGGAGCUCCAAAAGGUCAGGGGACAAGAUGAGCAGUUCGAUCAGCCAACUCUGUUUCGUAGCUUAGCCGGUAAGUUGCAGUAUCUCACUCUCACUCGUCCAGACAUACAGUUUGCAGUAAAUCUUGUGUGUCAAAGAAUGCACUCUCCAACUGUGGCUGACUUCCACUUGCUGAAGCGGAUAAUAAGAUACAUCAAAGGGACAAUUGAUUAUGGAAUUACCUAUUCUAUUGAUACUGAUUCUACACUGAGAGCCUACAGUGACAGUGACUAUGCAGGCUGCCCGACCACUAGUCAUUCUACUGGUGGUUUCUGCACCUUUCUUGGCAAGAAUCUCAUUUCCUGGUCCGCCAAACGACAAACUUCAGUCUCUCGCAGUUCCACAGAAGCAGAGUACCGUUGUCUUUCUGAUACAGCAGCUGAAGUUACAUGGUUAAAGGAUCUUUUGGAUAACGUCGGAAUGCCUCUCUCUCAUGUCCCAGAACUAAUUUUCACGGAUAACGAUGCAACUGGUUUAUCGUAUAUCGGUGGAAAAAUUGAGUUAUGUUCGUCGAAAACGUAUUUCUUUAUAUUGUGA